AUGCCUGCAACAGAGAAUCACUCGAACACCGUCACGGACGUCACGACCACCACCCAGUCCAGACCUCACCCAUUGACUGACUCAUCCACAACAACACGCACAUUCCGCCACCCACCCUACACCUACCUCCACCUCACCCUCCUCCAACCUGAAUCCAAUGCACCACAACCACUAGACGCCCUCACAGCCCGCCAACACAUCCACGCCGCCCUCACCGCCCAUCUCGGCCUGCACGGCGCCGCUGUCAAUGUCGAUGUCCUCAGGACCGGUCCACCUGCUACCAAGGCCUGGCCUCCUUCCCCUGCUGCCGCCAAUAAUGAUGGCGACUCGAACGCGGACAGCAGCGAAGACACCGACUGCUGGAUCAGGGUUCCCUCACAGGACGAGAAUGUAGUUGUUGGAGCGCUUGCGACAUGGACUGGGAGGAAUGGGGUGCGGUGGGUCGUUAGGGGGAGGGGGAGUUGGCUGGGUGGGCUGCGCUGA